AUGCCUACAGACAACAUGGUAGGCUACGUGGAGGACGUUGACGAGGACAUUGGCAGCACCAUCGGCGUGGAGAGCACUCGCCGAUACGCCAGAUCAGCAGCCGCCAGGAGUCCUGAGCGUGAGCGAUCCAACACCGGCAAGCCCAGAAUGCCAGAGUCCGACUCCGAUGAUGAGACGGCCUCGAGCAGCAGCAGCCUCUCCGACUCUGACAGCACGCCCGCACCCACCAGGGACAGGACAAGGCCCGUUCCCGUCGAGCAUAGACGCCCACUACACCACAAGGACCGAGACCACCGUCGCCCCCCUCAGGAUUCUCGUCCCCCUCGCGACAACAGAGCCUUUGCUCGAGAUGAUCGCCAGAGACGCGAGAGGAGACCUAGGGAAGACGACGACGACCACAGAAGGCCGCCCCGACCUCAGCCCAAGGAUAGAGACCCCAGAGACGCAAGAGAUCCCAGAGACCUGAGAGACCCCAGGGGCCCUAAGAAGACCCGACCCGGCCCUCCCAAGCAUGCCGCCUCUCAGCCCGUCGUCUCUCAAGGUGCUUACCGAAGAGGCCAGUUCGAAGACCCGGCCGCAUAUGGAGUUCAGCAGGCUCAGCAGCUCCAGCAGCCCGCUGCCUCUGGCCGGCCUCGUGCCAAAUCUCGUCCUGCAAGCUACUACGCCGGACAGCCCCCACGGCCCCCUCUGGACAUGGGCUGGCCUGGGCCUCAUGCUCCCCUUCCUCCCCCUCCUGGGGCGUUUGGCAUGGGCAACUUCCCGCCUCCUCACAUGUUUCCUGGCGGUCCCCCAAUGCACCCUGGCAUGCCGCCGCCUCAGUCUCCCAUGGGUAUGGGCCCGCCUCCCUUCUUCGAUGGUCCCAGCCCAAUGGGACCGCCGCCUCCGGGAGAGCAUCUCAGACAUCGGUUCGAUGGUGGCGGCCGGCCUGCUUCUGCUAUGGGCUUUGGCUCUCCACCUGAGGCCAUAGGCUACUUUAAUGAAAAGUAUGACGACUACGAGGAAGAGCAGCAUCAAAAGGUUGCCCGCCGUUCUUCGCGUGCCAAGAAGGCGCCGCCGCCAUUGGAGGAGCGCAAGAAGUUGCCGCCUUCCGAGUUUGCUCUCAAGCGUACUCAAUCGGCCAGGCCAACUUCGGCCGCCUACAAGCCUCCUCCGUCUGCCCGCGAGCCGAUGCGCGAGCCGAUGCGUGAGCCGAUGCGUGAGAUGCGCGAGCCACUGCGUGAGGCACCACGGGAGCACACGCGAGACCACCAGCUCCGAGAGCGUCCGCUGUCUCGACAGGGCCACCAACGGCCGCCGCCAUCGCACCGCCGGUCUGUGGGCUUUGUGGACCAGCAAGCUUUUGACGAGGAUGACUUCCUAGGCGGCGAGGUGGACCUCUACCAAGAGGUCUCUCCCAACCAGCGCCGUACUGCCCUCGCCCGACCUCGACGCAGCAGUUCCGUCGCUUAUGAUCAACACGGCUACGACAUUGUUCCCGCUGGCAACCGAGGCCGCCGCUCGUCCAUGUACGGACCUCUCCCUGGGGAGUCUGGCGGCGUCAGCCUCGAAGAAGAUGGCAGGUACUUUGAUGCUCUGCGGUAUCAAGAGGAUGUGAGCGGAGGUGCGCCAAUGCCCUUGACUGCUGAGACUCUGCGCAAGGCAUCUAAGCGCGGGGAGCUGGCCAGCAGCCGAUCCACCAGGAGCAGCGGCAGCCAUGACGAAAGCGACUACAAGCGAAGCAGCCAUACCACUGGCCUUACCACGCAGUCCUCGGCAGCCCACAACAAUGACGACUUCACCAUCAAAGUCUCCGGCCAAGCGGUCGUCAAGCUUCCCGGCGCCCAGAUCGAGUGCGACGGAGGCGAGAUCACCUUUAGCGGCAACCGAGGAGCCGGGGCCGGACCUGGCUCAGGAAUGCACGGCGCUUCUCGCGCUGGCAGCGACAAGGAAAGCACCGUCUACCAGCUUGACGAUGCACGCAGCUCUCGCAUGGACCGCAAGGCGCUGCCGCAUCGUCCUCGCGCAACCAGCCAAUCCGAUGUUCACAGCCGCAUCUACGCUCCGCAAGCCCCAUAUGAGCAUGGCCCAUACGAUGCUUUUGAGCCAUAUGAGCCCGUCACUUAUGAACAUGCUCCCUACGACCCGUCCCUUGCUGCCUCCAACUUUUAUUAA